AUGGCCCAGCUGGGGGCUGGCAGGCAGGUGGAGAACGACUGCGUAGCUUCCAUGCUGGUGCAGGUGCUGGGGGUGAAGGAGAGCGCUGAUCUGCAGGAAGGGUUUGGUGCUCUCAUGCAGAAUCUGCUGUCAGGCGGGCUGGAAAAGGCGCAUGCAGCUGAAAAGGGGAGUGAGGGAGCUGGGGGAAUGGGUGCUGAGAAGACACAUGGGGAGGAAGGGGGAAUAAGGGGGGAGACUGCUGAGAAGGCGCAGGGGGAGGAGGGAUGGGCGGAUGGCGAGGUGAUGGAUAGGGGCGGGGGCAUGGAAAAGGAGGAGGAGCAGGGGGUUGAUGAUGCUGGUGAUGUGAGGGAUGGAAGAGAACCAAAUUGUAGCAGCGAGGCGAGCAGAGGGGAAGACAGACGUAGUAGCAGGGCGGCUAAUGGAGCUGCUGAAAAAGGGUGGCAAACGGGGGAAGAAUGGGUAAUGGAGGGAGCAUUUGAAGGGGCGUGUGUGGGAGAGGUAUGUGGAUGGCAUGGCUUGGAUUCUGGAGCAUGGUGGUGGGGAAGGGUUGGAGUUCCGGUGCAGCCACUGCAGCUCGGUGCCAUCCCGAAGCCUCUAACUGCUGAAAGUCUUCCUAUAGAGUGGGAGGAAUGGCCACAUGGUGAUGAAGCUGCUUCGAAGCUUCCUGAUGAUCCCGAUGCGAGAUUCUACCUGCUGGGUGUUGUGGAGGAGAGUGCAACGGGGGUGGAGAGUGAGCAGAGGAGGGUAACAGAAGAAGCAUCAAAGGCUGGGAGGAGGCACAAGAGGGGGAAGGUGCGAGGAGCUAAGGCACCAGGCCAAGCAAGUGACGGCAGUGGCAGCGUUGCAAACAGAGGGCACGGUGAAGAGCAAAGGGCCAGUUCACAUGCAUGCGGCAUGGGUGUUGCAAGGCCGCCUUUUAGAAGGAAGCUGCCCAUCGUAUGCUGCGUGGCAGAUGCAGAAUUUUUUGUGGAGGGGGUCGGCCGGUUGAUGAGUCCACCGGCAUGUGCUCAAUGCAUCCAUUGCUACCGCAGUUUCUACAUCCGCAUCCCAUCCAUCGCCCUCAUUGCCAAGUUCGCCUAUCGCCCCCUCUACGUUCUCUUCAACCGCUUCUUAUCUGUCUUCCCGCCACACUCUGCUGGGUUUGAUGCACUUUUGGAGAACAUGGGGUUGCCGCCAUUUCCCUCAGGCUCGCCUUCACGUACCAACCUUGCAGUUCUGUGCGGUGAGCUAGAGAAGGAGCGCGUUUUCUUCCUGCUCCUCGUGGCCCACAUGUGGCCGACUUCCAUUCUGGAUAUGGAACAGUUUGAAGGCAUAGAGGUGUUCUGGGGAGAUGGGAUUCGAGUGAACAAGAAGGCUGUGACGGGGAGGAAGAGAGGGAAGGCUCGGCGAGGGAUGGGAAAAGGAGGGGAGGAGGAGGAGGAGGAGGAGGAGGAGGAGGAGGAGGAGGAGGAGGAGGAGGAGGAGGAGGAGGAGGAGGAGGAUGAUGAUGAUGAUGGAGAGUGCAAAGAGGGAAAGGGCAAGAAGGGGGAGCUGCCGGCUUAUCUGAAGGCAUGGCCGGGGGGGGUCAAGCUGGUGGCAUGUCUGCGAGAGAUGCUGCUGGGGGAGCCGUGCUACCACCCUGCCUCUCAUGCUUCCCCUUCCGUCCCUCCUCCUGUUGUGAACACCUCUGGUGCAGUUGCUGCUGCCUCGUUCCACCCACCUGUGCGAAACCUUGCUACCACAUCAGCUUAUGAUGCUUCUUCUACACAUGUCACCCCAACUACUGGUGCUGCAACAGGCACUACAGGAACAGCUGUACCCAUUGCAGAUGCAGAGGCCACUUUUCUUGAUGCUUACAAGGAGAGUAGGUGCGGUGCUGUGGGGUGUGGUAGGGUGGAGGGUGGUAAUGUGAAGCUGAGGAGUUGCGGUGGGUGUGGCAAGGUGCCAUAUUGCAGCAGAGAGUGCCAAAAGGCGCACUGGCCCUCCCACAAGCACACAUGCCCCGGCAGGACCAGUAGCCGGGGUGGUGGCAGCAGCAGCACUGGCAAGGUGGGUGGCAAGGCGAGCAGUGGGGGUGUUGGGUAA